CUUUUAUAAACCGACGGACCUCCUCUUGAAUCCCUUGAUGUUAGCCUAGCUAUUUGUGUAGUACUGCGCUAAGGGCUUUCACUUGUCGUUUUUCCAUUGACUGCAAAGUUCAUUGAUGAACAUUGGAAAAUGACAACUCUUGUACUAGAUAACGGGGCAUACACGGCGAAAAUAGGAUACAGUCAUGAAAAAGUAAGCGUUAUUCCGAAUUGCCAAUUCCGUUCCAAGACCUCGCGGUUGAAGACCUUUACUGCCAACCAGUUGGAUGAAAUAAAGGACCCAUCAGGACUCUUUUACAUCCUUCCCUUUCAAAAGGGAUACCUGGUGAAUUGGGAUGUGCAGCGAAAAGUGUGGGAUCACCUAUUUGGGAAAGAAAUGUUUAAGGUGGACUUUGCAGAUACGAGUGUAGUCAUUACAGAACCCUACUUCAAUUUCACCUCUAUCCAAGAGUCUAUGAAUGAGAUCUUGUUCGAAGAGUACCAGUUCCAAGCUGCUCUCAGAGUAAAUGCUGGAUCAUUAAGUUCGCACAGAUACUUCCAUGAGAACAAUUCAGAGCUAUGUUGCAUCGUGGUGGACAGUGGCUUUUCCUUCACACACAUUAUACCGUAUUGUAGAGGCAAGAAAAUGAAGGAUGGGAUCUGCAGGAUGAAUAUUGGGGGUAAGCUACUGACGAAUCACUUGAAAGAGAUCAUUUCAUACCGGCAGCUACAUGUCAUGGAUGAGACGUAUGUGAUCAACCAGGUCAAAGAAGAUGUCUGCUAUGUUUCCCAAGACUUCUACAAGGAUAUGGAGAUAACACAGCUGAAAGCAGAAGAAAACAUGGUGAUGAGGGACUAUGUACUGCCAGAUUUUAGUGGAAUAAAGAAAGGUUUCUGUAAGCCACGUGAGGAGAUGAAUUUCACUGGAAAGUACAAGACCAGUGAGCAGAUCUUGCGUCUGACUAAUGAGAGGUUUGCUGUCCCAGAGAUGCUCUUUCAUCCCUCUGACAUUGGCAUUCAGGAGAUGGGCAUCCCGGAGGCACUAGUCAACUCCAUCAACAACAUGCCUGAAGAGAUGCAGCCUCAUUUCUUCAAGAACAUAAUCCUAACAGGCGGAAACACGCUGUUUCCCGGGUUUAGGGAUCGUGUGUACAAAGACGUCCGCAUGCUGGCCCCAACGGAAUUUCAGGUUUCAGUUGUGCAACCACAGAAUCCAAUUUGCUACCCAUGGGAGGGAGGAAAGCUACUGGCUGAAAAUGCUGACUUUGAGGAGAUGGUGGUCACUCGGGAGGACUAUGAGGAGAAUGGACAUUUUAUAUGUGAAGAAAAGUUUGAUAUUUAGUUUGUUUUUGGAUUUUUUUUUUUAAUGUACAGCAAUAUGAGCUAUUGACUAGGAUGAGGUGUGGAAAAGAUGAAUUUCCUUUAAAUUGUAAAUAUUGUAAAUAUCUCUUUUUAUAUUAAAGACUUCCAUUUCAUGUAAUGUGCAUCGUAAAUAAAAAAAAACUUUUUCCCGA